AUGAAGGCAUUCAUUUCUGCUGUCCUUGGAUAUGAUAACACUAGGACCAAUCUGGAUGGUGGUAUUCUCGGAAUAGUGAAAGGCUACUAUGGGUGUGUGGAAGCUCAAGGUCGAGGAACAUUACACUGUCACAUGUUAGUCUGGGUGGAAGGUGGACUUAACCCCAAUGAAAUCAGAGACAGGAUUAUAAAAGACAAUGACACUGAUUUCAAAGACCGCCUGCUUCAAUUUCUUGAUGAUACUAUCUCAAACAGUAUACCACCUGAUCCUGAUCCAAAUUAUCAUGUUCCAUCAUCGACACACCAUCCAUGCUCUGUGCGAGGUGUCAGUUUCAACCUACCAGAUGAUGAGUUGUCAAAGGCCCGUCAAAAGGACAUGCAUCAUCUCGUGAGGCAAUGUCAACUCCAUACACACCAGGCCACAUGUUAUAAAUAUUGGAGAGGACCACCAGAACCGAAAGAGUGCCGUUUUAAUCUUGAUGUCGAGAACUACAGAGAGGAAAGUAGUGUAGACCAUGAAACAGGAGAGAUUAAUCUGCGUUGCUUAGAUGGACUUGUCAACAAUUUCAAUGCAACAAUACUGGAAGCGAUUCGUUGCAACAUGGAUAUAAAGUUUAUAGGCUCGGGAUCUUCAGCAAAGGCUGUCUUGUACUACAUUACAGACUACAUCACAAAGAGCCAACUGAAGACCCACGUUGCUUUUGCCACACUUGAGCUAGCUGUCAAAAAAUUGAAUGAUGUGAACCCCGCAGAUGACAGUGCCACUGUACGGGCAAAGCGCCUAUUGCAGAAAUGUGCUCAUGCGAUGAUAUCUCAUCAGGAACUAUCGGCUCCACAAGUGUGUUCCUAUCUCAUGGGUUUUCAAGACCACUUCACCAGCCAUGAAUAUGAGAACCUGUACUGGACAAGCUUUGAAGCAUUUGUAAACAAACAGGAUCCUAGCCCUGAGUGUUAUCAAGCUGAAUCUGACACAAUGCAGGGAUCAAACAACACCUCAUCACUUGCUCGUGAACAUACCAGUGCUGAAGAGAUUGACUAUGAUAGCAUGGAUGAUUUCUCAAAUACAGUUGAACCCACAGAACAAGAUGAAGUAACCAUCAGUGUAAACAGAAAUGGAGAAAUCAUACCUAAGGCUACUCAAGUACAGGACUACGUUCUGCGAGGAAGACUGUUUGAUAAUGUUUGCCUA